GGCCUUCCUGAGGAGACAGCAGCAGAUGAGCGCACUGCGAGUGCUCCAGCGUAACUGUGCUGCCUACCUCAAACUGCGUCACUGGCAGUGGUGGCGGAUCUUCACCAAGGUGAAGCCCCUCCUGCAGGUCACCCGCCAGGACGAAGAGCUGCAGGCGAAGGAGGACCAGCUGCUGAGGGUGAAGGAGCAGCAUUCGAAGGUGCAGGCAGAACUGGUGGAGCUCGACCGCAAGCACAAGCAGCUCCUGGAGGAGAAGAACAUUCUGGCUGAGCAGCUGCAGGCGGAGACGGAGCUCUUUGCCGAGGCUGAGGAGAUGCGUGCACGGCUUGCUAGCCGGAAGCAGGAGCUGGAGGAUAUCUUGCACGACCUCGAGUCGCGGGUGGAGGAGGAGGAGGAGCGAAACCAGGAGUUGCAGAACGAGAGGCGCAAGAUGCAGCUCCACGUCCAG